CCUCUCCUGUCUCUCUCUCUGUAGACUCACCUAGUAACCUGUUACCAGAAUCAGCCUCACCAACACAGGACACUAACCUGGACCUACAGCCAGUAACAUACUGUGAGUCAGCGUUCUGGUGCUCUAUGUCCUAUUAUGAGUUGAACCAGCGUGUGGGUGAGACCUUCCAUGCCUCCCAGCCCUCUCUCACUGUGGACGGGUUUACAGACCCGUCCAACUCAGAGCGCUUCUGUCUGGGACUACUGUCCAACGUUAACCGCAAUGGUGCCGUGGAGCUCACACGCAGACACAUAGGCCGGGGAGUGAGGUUGUACUACAUCGGAGGAGAGGUGUUUGCAGAGUGUCUUAGUGACAGUGCCAUCUUUGUCCAGAGUCCCAACUGUAAUCAACGCUAUGGCUGGCACCCUGCCACUGUCUGCAAGGUCCCUCCAGGCUGUAACCUGAAGAUAUUCAAUAACCAGGAGUUUGCAGCUCUGCUGGCCCAGUCAGUGAACCAGGGCUUUGAGGCUGUCUACCAGCUCACCAGGAUGUGUACCAUACGCAUGAGCUUCGUCAAGGGCUGGGGCACUGAGUACAGGCGACAGACCGUAACCAGCACCCCUUGUUGGAUUGAGCUGCACCUCAACGGCCCCCUCCAGUGGCUGGAUAAAGUACUGACGCAGAUGGGUUCCCCCAGCAUCCGCUGCUCUAGUGUCUCCUAAAUACACGCAGACAGAACAGUCAUUCUGGAGAAAAAUACCUUUUCUCUCAUGGCUAACUUACUAGGAAGUUUGAAAAGACAGGCUGAGCUCGACUUGACUGACCUGCUCUUUGAAAAGCCGACGUCAAGCAACUUGGAUGCAGUGAGCAGUGUUGCAGUAAUAUCAUGUCAAAACUAAUGUGGCGAUACACAAAGCAACUCAAAGAAGGGCCAGAAGUAUACAGAAUGGUGUACAUUUAUCAUCUAUUAUCAUAUAUAUGUUAUCUUAUAUAUUAUCUUAUAUAUUUAAUAUAUUUUCAUCUCGUCUAUUUUUAGCGUUUUUAUCUAUUUUCAUCUGUUUUCGUAAUUGAAUGGUGUAUUUUAAUCCAGAUUAUGGUCUAUUUUAAUCCAGAUUAUGGUCUAUUUUAAUCCAGAUAGUGGUCUAUUUUAAUCCAGAUUAUGGUCUAUUUUAAUCCAGAUUAUGGUCUAUUUUAAUCCAGAUUAUGGUCUAUUUUAAUCCAGAUAAUGGUCUAUUUUAAUCCAGAUAGUGGUCUAUUUUAAUCCAGAUAGUGGUCUAUUUUAAUCCAGAUAGUGGUCUAUUUUAAUCCAGAUAGUGGUCUAUUUUAAUCCAGAUAAUGGUCUAUUUUAAUCCAGAUAGUGGUCUAUUUUAAUCCAGAUAGUGGUCUAUUUUAAUCCAGAUUAUGGUCUAUUUUAAUACAGAUUAUGGUCUAUUUUAAUCCAGAUAGUGGUCUAUUUUAAUCCAGAUUAUGGUCUAUUUCAAUCCAGAUUAUGGUCUAUUGUAAUACAAAUAAUGUUUUUUUUUUUUUUAAAUACAGAUGUUUUUUUUAUAAUACAAAUAAUAGUCUAUUUCAAUACAGAUAAUGGUCUUAAUAAAGAUUCUGAUCUAUUUUAAUCUAAAGGUAUAAAUGCUGGCCGCUCUAGAGGUGUAUUUCUGUGAAGAUUGUUAUUGGUUUGAUUAUGGUUACUGGGUCUUCUCCCUCUCUCCUCCUAGUACAGGGGUAUCAUUAUGGUUACUGGGUCUUCUCCCUCUCUCCUCCUAGUACAGGGGUAUCAUUAUGGUUACUGGGUCUUCUCCCUCUCUCCUCCUAGUACAGGGGUAUCAUUAUG